GGGAGGUCGACCUUCCCCCCUCCAUGAAAAUAUGGAGCUUCAGAAUAACAUUGAGUGCCGACUCAGUAAAAUACUCGUUGGGUUGCACUGUGGAAGAAACUGUCAAAGUGAUCCCUUCUUUUAUAAAUUAAUCUACGGCAAUCAUAGCUGUUCAUAGCACUGGCAAUGACGCUUAGUCAACGAUGUCUUCUGUUCAGUUUGAGAUGGCUUUUGCAAUGUAGUUAAUGGGCUAAUGAAUUGUGGACUUUUCCAUACCUGUAACAAAAUGUUUUAAAUAAAUAGGGGGUCGAUUGUUAAUGAUGUAGAUGAGAAAGUGAUGUGAAAGGAAGCAUUUGUGGACCCUGAAACCUUGAGAUCAGGGCAUGGUGGACAUUACUACUAUAGUUCCUACAGUUGUUAAUAAUUUAAAAAUUGUCUUUAGCACCACCUUCAUCAAACCUCAGGAAACAUUCCUUAUUAUAAAAGUAAGCUAACCUCUAGCUUAUAACCCUGGAACUGGCAGAAAACUUAUGAUGGAUCAGGGAGAAAGACCUUAUAAAUGUGUUAAUUGUGGAGAUCUUGUACCAUACCUAUUCAAAAGGUACAGCCCGUCUGUUCUAAAAUUGAAGAAUUGCGAAGCAUGCCAGAAAGUGGCAGAUAAAUACAUUGAGUAUGACAAAGUCAUCAUCAUGAUAGAUAUGGUUUUACUUAAUAAGCAAGCUUAUCGUCACAUUUUAUUUAAUUCUUCUUUUGAGAAUCACUGGAAACUAGCUGUCGUUUUGGUACUUCUAGAAAUUUGUAUGGAAUGGGUUGCUGUGAAUAAACUUGAUCAAAGCAAUAGUAUCAAGCAGUCAGAUACAUUUGAAGUUGACAGGCAGUUUUAUUUGUCCUGUUUAAAUAUACUGACUGGAUUUACAUCAUGGUGGCUGUCUGUAUAUGCGUUAAGUAUAUACAUUUGUAGCUUGCAUUACUCUGAUGCUGUGAAACUAUGGAAAGCAAUGGUACUUGCAAGUUGUAGUAAAUUUCUUGUUGUUUCACAAUUAAUAUGGGGUGAGGUUGAUAGUUCUCUUCACUCUUCCCUCAUUACAGUGUACACAUGUUUAUCACAAAUACAAGCAUUAAAUGGUGAGUUUAAAGCUCUUUUAUGUAUAUUUUUAACAUAAGAAUUUAAUUGCCAGUGAAUGAAUAAGAAUUUACAUUUGAGCAAAAAAUAAUCAUGGAAAAAUGAAGUUGUAUUGCUAAUUGAAAAAAUUAAUGAAUAAUCUCUGUGUGAAUCCAACAAAUAAUUCAGAUUAAUUUCUAGUUAGAAUUUUAUAAGGUCAUACGUUGUGCAUUUCAAGACAAAAAAAGUAGCGAGUACAUGAAAACUAUGUUGUGUCUGAUUCUGAUAAAUUCUAUCAUAAAAUGUUAAACAACAAAAUUUUGUUCUAAUUAUAAAUAGUGGUGCAACAACAGCCUGUACAUCCUCACAUUUCAUACUAUAAUACCACAAUCUCUGUCCAUGUUAACAGAACUGUCAUCGUUUGUAAAACUCAUUACAAAUCAUAGAACAUUAGAUUCCAAAACUAAUUCUUUUUAAGAUGAUACACC